AUGGUAGUCGCCUGGGCUUCUACUCCGUCGUCGCUCUGCUCCCGCAGCACUCCCCCGCUGGCAUCCGACGAGCAGGCGACUGGGUCGCCACUGCUCCUCCCCUCUAGGCCAUCUCCUUCCUCGCUCGGGAGCCCGGCAUCGUCUGGAUGCAAUGAAUCAAUGGCGGAGCAGAGCAAUGUGGUUGCUGGCCGUGGGGAAGAUGAUGCUAACAGAAGUUUGGCUGCUGUUGGGCUUGAGGAAGAAGACCACUACAGCACGGCUUCGGUAGGCAUGGAUGACGCCUCGUACCUUAGGAAGGUGAACCUCAAGACAUACUCCAGCUGCAAGGAUCUCUCCAUGGGGCUCCAGAAGAUGUUGAGCUGCUUCAUCACUGGUGACUUCCCAGGUUAUCUAAGCUUCUUUCUGGUGCGGUUUGCCCUUGUGACUGCAUAA